CUCCAACAGAGAGUCAAGCGCUCCGAGUCGUCGUCCGUCUCCUCACGACUCGAUUCCACUCAGUCACACAGCCGGGGCCGCACUCGUCGGCGAAGUCAAUUCUGCGUAUCACCUCAGGAUGUCGGCGCCCGCAAAGAAGGCAGGCCCGAUUCAGGUUCCUAAACAACAGCGCGAACGCUUUGUGGUGCAAUCAACAUUACUUCGCUUGAUCGACCCUGUUCGAGGGCAACCGACGAGAACAUUCCUCGACGACAACCCAGAUGGCGACACUUCAGGGGGCCAGCGGCUCAAACAGAAGUUCGUUGCCUCAUUUGCUCUUAUCUGUUCAACUUCCGGAUCGGGAGCGGAAACAGCCUCGGCCGUCUGCUUGGAACAACAUGUCCCGUCCGGAGCUGUCCUGCGUGUAGCCCGUAACCGCGGCUUGUCGCGGGAGGACCUGGCCGGCCUUCAAAAGGUACUGCAAAUACUCCAAGAAAUCGCUCGAAAGGAAAAGCCAUGCUUGCAAGGGGAGUCCGAAGUUCUCAGCCUGGUAGCCGAACUCGACAGAGGCCGAAUUUUGCCAAUGGCACUGAAGAUUGAGAAGCAACGGAUCGGCGAUGUUGUACGAGAGGCGCACUCCAGGCUUCUUGCCGGUAAAGUGAAGCUAGAGCCAACGGCGGCAACGUCCGAGCUGACACUUUGGCUGGCGAGUUGCCCUUUCAAGGCCGAACGUGUGCAAGCCUGGGGUCCUGGGACCAUUGCCACCCUCAUUAACUGGGCAGCACAGGCGAGGUGGGACUAUCCUCGGGAGCUAAGAGUACUCUUCGGGCUUGUGGACACAAAAAUGCCGCCUUGGCUGGACAGCCUGCACAAGAUCGCCCGCUAUAAAGCCGCCGUCAAGUCCAUGGUAAAGCUUGCGGCGAAGCAGCCCGAAGUCUUGGCAGGUAUUCACGUUCAAGAGGUCAAGGCUCCGAGUUCGCUUAAAUUCUUUGUCUCCAAAGAGAAAGCACACCUUCUGACAACUGUCGAGAGCCUCGUUGACAAAGGUGCCGCAGGGAUGACCAUGGAGCUGUUGAAAAAGCACUUGGGCACAGAGGAUGUUGAAGGCCUGCUGCGCAAAGCAUGCCACCAGGAACUGACCCUACACGCCGAAAUGCAACUCGUCGUCUUUUACGAAGAGAACCCGAGCUUGGUUCCCCAGAUGAAGUUCAUGGGAACGAGCAAGAAGGCCUGCUUUGACUGCCACGAGUAUCUGCUCCGUCAUCCACUCGGACUACAGGUAGAGGCUUGUCACCAGAAGAUAUACUCGUCAUGGAUGCCGCCGCCGUACUACACAGAAGUCCGUGGAGUAUACAACAAAAACACCCCAUUUUGGCGACUCAGCAAAAGAAUUGAGGAGUUGUUAAAGCGGGAGCUCAAGGUCGCCCUGACGGCUCCCCGGCGGCCCAAGACACAAGAUUCGACUGCAGGCCCCUCCUUGACCAGAACGGCAACGGCACCGACGGAAUGGGUACCUAGUUCCUAGGUACUAGGUUAGAGUGCGCGCGCAGCGCUUGACGAUCAAGGUCGCGGGACAUAGAAUGCAAUGACUUCCAUGUUACUGGUGCACGUCGGACCUUUUCACAGGCUGCAUGCAGCCUUGACCUUAUUCGUCCGUUUACUGCAGACGCGGGCCAACAGCAGUGCAGAG